AGAUGUGUGGUUUUUUGCUCUGAGAGUCAUAUGAUCUCAAGUCAGCAGCACCGGGGAGGCGUCACGCAGUAAGUGCGGAGUCAGCGAGGAGGAGGCAGCCCGCGUCCCUCCAGCAGCGGAUGGAUCCGAUGAGAGCUCAGCAGGACUCCCCAGAUGCUCCUCGGUCCUCUGGGCUCUAACUUUUAGUGGCGUAACCUCCAGCUGUGCGUUGGAUUUCCUCCGGCACACAGCCGCUUUCUGCUGCAGCUGAUACGUUUUAAGUCGUCUUUGUAUUUUUUUUAAGAAUCCGACCAUUUGGUAGUUGAAAAACAAACAAACAAACAAAAAAAACCUCCUCGCAAAAGUGCGGAGCUACGCCGUGACGGCUCCCUCAACCUCAGAGGGGUAAGACGCGUAAUUUGGCGCACAUUCCGCUCUUUAUCCGCUGCAUCGCCUGCGUAUUUUGCGCAUCACCAAAAGCGGAGCGCCGGGAACUCAGGUUUUUCUUUUUUUCGAGCUACACUGCAAAAAACAUCCACCUCACUUCGCGAGAUCUUCAUUUUCAUCUGUUGCUUAAAGUUCCCGCGGCGCGCAUAAAAACUCUCUCCUAUAUCUGCCUCGCCUUGUUGGAUUCAGUCGCUUUUGCGCACGGUCGGCUCGUUAAAUUCACUUUAAAAAAAACUUGAUUUGGUGAUUUAUUAAUUUUUUUGCAGCGUCGGCAGUUAAAAAAAACCACGUCACUCUGUCAAACAACUCCCCCUUUUUUUCCCCUUCCCUCCCUGUUGGACCAACAUCCACAGUUUAGCAACAACUGGAUAAAGGGUUUUUUGGAGCAGACGCACAAUCAUGAUGACCGGAUUUCGGCUGAACUUGUCGCCCCUGAAGGAGCCUCUGGGCUUCGUCAAACUGGUGGAGUGGCUCACGGCCAUAUUUGCUUUUGGAAGCUGCGGCAGCUACUCGGGGAAGAACAUCGUCUCCCUCUUCUGCGGCGACGGCAGGAAUGAAACGCUCGACGCCAACUUCCACUACCCCUUUAGGUUAAGCCAGGUGCCGCUGGUGGAGGGAAACACCACGCUCUGUAACCACUCCGUCACGACGACGCACCUGAUGGGAGACUCGGCCUCCUCGGCGGAGUUCUUCGUGGGCAUCGCCAUCGUCUGCUUCCUCUACUGCAUGGUGGCUCUGUUGGUCUACUUAGGCUACAUGCACGUCUACAAGGACUCUGACUUCGGGCCCAUCUUUGACUUCGUGGUCACGGCGAUCCUGGUCUUCCUGUGGCUGGUGUGUUCGUCCGCCUGGGCGAAGGGCCUGCAGAAUGUGAAGGACGCCACGGACACCGACGGCAUCGGCAACACGCUGGCGCUCUGCAAGGGGAGCAACAUCACCUGUGAGGUGACGGAGUUCGCCAACAUGCGGACCCUCAACAUCUCUGUGGUGUUUGGCUACCUCAACAUGUUCGUGUGGGCUGGGAACGCCUGGUUUGUGUACAAGGAGACGCGCUGGCACUCCCAGAAGUUCUCCUCUCAGACCGGACCCGGAAGGCAGCAGGUCCCCGCGCCCAUCUAACAUCCAGGAAGAUACAAAAAAAAAAAAAAAAAAAUAGUAAAACAACAAAAAAAAAAACAACCCAGAUAUCCACAUGAAGGCACCACGUACGAAAAACACAUGCACGCACACUCACCGUACGACCAAGACCAUUUAAUACAUACACACAAAAUAAUUCUCUGUGAAUAUGAUGAAAACAAACAAAAUGAAGGAUAAACUGUUGGAUUUGGACAUGUUUCGGUUCUGGACGGGGUAGCACGUACACAAACUUUCCUCGCGCGUUCCCCGGCGCACUUGAAUUGAUAACGGCGCGAAAAAAAGCAAUGCAAAGUUUCCCGAAAGGGCCCCGUGCAAAUCCUGCAGCAGGAGGAUGCUGAGGGAGGAGAAUGUUCCCUCUGGAGAUGUUUGUUUGUUUGGUUUUUUUACCUGUUUUGUAUACUAAAGCAGCACCAAUGCAAGUGGUACAUCAAAUCCCUUUUUCAAACGUGCCUUCACUUUCUUUAGUAAGCAGAUACGUGCACACGCGACGACCAAAUAUGCUUUUUAAAACCUGAGUUUUUAUAGCAGCGAUAAGGCCGCGAGGAGAUGAUUCCCUAUUGGCUGAAUUUACUGCGCUUAAUUAUAUACCGAUGAAUGUAAGGUACUUUGAAGCGAUCUCUUUUUCUGUGAUAUAAAACCAACCCGCGAGAUUGAAUGUUUCUUAACAUCCACGGCAGUAAGGAUAAUGUGAUCUGCAAGUGCACCAUGAGGCGCGGUGCUCUUUAUACAAUGUCGCCAAAUUACAUUCAGUGUGAUUUACCGACUUAUACUACAUUGCAUAAAAUGUGAUAUUGGUGUUGGAAAUAGAGCCGUUUAUAUGACUCACUCACAUAUUCAUUCAUUCUCCCAUUCACUGGCUCUCUCACAGUUGGCCCUCAUGCCCUCUAGUGGCGGCCAGCGGGCACUGCAGUGUCAGGGCAGAACCAAACUGGGAUUAUUGAUGAACAGGACGGGUGUGGAGAUAUCUUGUACACCAGUGCAGUGAUCCCAUAACGAAGUCUUGACCCAGCAUUCCUCAGUGAGUCGCAAAACAAGACAGCCAAAUAUCAGGCUCGUACUUUCAGUGUAUGAUUAUUUCAUCAAGUGCACACAUGUGGUCCUCAGUGUGCACUGUGCGAGUGCGAAUCCUUAAUAGAAUACUUGACUGAGAGCUGGUUGUGCAGACAAUCUCGUCGUGCGAGGGCGGCCACAGUUUGAAGUUGUUCCGUUCGUCCUCGAUUCGUUUAAUCUCUGUUAAGGUACAAGUCGAAAAUCCUUCGAUGAUUGUGUCGUUUAAAAAGGUUAUUGAUGUGAAUGUAAUGCUGAGUUCUGCAGAAGAGGGUUAGGGCCAAUGUAGGAAAAACAUUUCUGACUCAGAACUUCUGAUUUUUUUUUAAAAAUUUAGAUUAGAAUCAGAUUUCUGAGGAAAAAAGUCAAAGUUGUGUCAGAACUUAAUUUUUCUCUUCCGUAUGGACUUCCUCUUAACUUUGUCAUUUAAAUUUUCAUUCAUUCUUUUUGCCUCGCUGUAAAAUAGAAACAGCUCUGCCAAAACACCUUUUUUCCCCCCUCCAGAUCAGCAUAUUUCACAUGUCCAUGUGAUCAGUUAUUUUAUUGUUGUUUGAACCAGUUAUCUUGUUUUUUGAUUGUGUAGUUUUUUUCAAAUCCUUCACGAGGCACCAAACAGUGAGCUGGAACUGUGUUUUUUUUUUUCUUGAUUUGAUUUUCAUUUUCAGCAUAUGUAUUUUAAAGAUUUUCUUUUUUUCUGCUAUGUCUAUUGUUUUUUGUUUAAGAAAAUGUAAGUAGGAUGAUGUAAAACAUUGAACAGUCUGAAACAACAAAUGUGUGUGGUAUACUGGUUAUGCCGCUGCACUCGUGUAAUCAUCAUCCAAGUAGCUGAAGCUUUGUCAGUGAUUCCUAUGCAUUUAACCUGCCAAGAUGUCUUAUUCAACAGAGGCAUACGUUCACUCUGUGACCUGCACAUGUUCAGUGUACCUUUUGGUUUUUGUAUUUCAAUAAAAAAAGUUUUUUUUCAAUAA